GCGCUGCUGCUGCUCCCGCUGCUGGCCUUCCUCGUGGGCGUGCAGACCGCCUUCCCGCCCGCGCCCCGGGGCCCCGUCCCCGCCUUCACUGGCCUGGAGCUCCUCACCGGAGGGGGCCGCUUCACGGACACCGUCAUGUACUACGGCUACUACAGCAACGCCACCCUGAACCAGCCGUGUGCCGACCCACCCGACGGCGGCUAGUGCGCCCCCGAGGCAGCCAGCCUGCCCUACAACAUGCCCCUGGCCUACCUCUUCACCAUCGGCGCAGCCUUCUUCAUCACCUGCUUCACCCUGGUCUACAGCAUGUCCCACUCUUUCGGGGAGAGCUACCGGGUGGGCAGCGCCUUGGGGGCCCAUGCCAUCACCGUCUUCUGCUCCUGGGACCACAAGGUGACUCAGAAACGGGCCUCCCGCCUCCAGUGUGACAACAUCCGGACCCAGCUGAAGAGCCCUGUGCCUGCUGACCGGGAGGGGGCGCUGCUGGCCCUGCCCCUGGUGGUCUGCCUCCUCAACCUGGGGGCCCCCUACCUGUACCGCGGUCUGGCCGCCCUGGAGCGGCAUGACUCCCCGGUGCUGGAGGUGUACGUGGCCGUUUGCAGGCUGGGCGUCCUCUUCUCGCCCCUCCUGCCGGCCGUGCAGAUCAUCAAGCUGCUGCUGCUCUUCUAUGUGAAGAAGACCAGCCUGCUGGCCAACUGCCAGGCGCCCCGCAGGCCCUGGCUGGCCUCCCACAUGCGCACCGUCUUCAUCUCGCUGCUCUGCUUCCCCUGCUUCCUGGGCGCCGCCAUCUUCCUCUGCUCCGCCAUCUGGCAGAUCUACCUCAACAUCCAGGUGGUGAAGGGCCAGCGGAAGGUCAUCCGCCUCCUCAAGGAGCAGAUCAGCAAUGAGGGGGAAGACAAAAUCUUCUUGAUCAACAAGCUUCACUCCGUCUACGAGAGGAAGGAGAGGAGCGG